AAAACUCGGUUUAAAGUACACGGAGCUGCAGACUGGUCCGGAUCUUUUAGUCCGUGUGGUUCUGACAGCUCCGGAUCUUUUAGUCCGUGUGGUUCUGACAGCUCCGGAUCUUUUAGUCCGUGUGGUUCUGACAGCUCCGGAUCUUUUAGUCCGUGUGGUUCUGACAGGUCCGGAUCUUUUUGUCCGUGUGGUUCUGACAGCUCCGGCUGUUUGUUCCUCCCGUCAUGAACAGGCUGAAGAUAAUUUCUGGACAUUUAUGUCCCGGCGGCUCCUCCUCGGAGCUCCGACGGGACUUGCGGAGCUCAGAGACCGGCUCUGCGGUGGGAGGUUCCGGGGAGGAGGUGGUGGUGGUUCACGGACGGAGGACCGCCAUUGGGAAAGCCAAGAGAGGCGGCUUUAAGGACGCCACACCUGACGAGCUGCUGAGCGCCGUGAUGAGCGCCGUCCUCAGAGAUGUUGGACUGGACCCAGACAGACUGGGGGACAUCUGUGUGGGAAACGUUCUGCAGCCCGGAGCGGGGGCUUUGAUGGCCCGAGUGGCUCACUUCCUCAGUGGGUUCCCUGAGACGGUUCCUGUUUACACCGUGAACCGUCAGUGUUCCUCCGGACUGCAGGCGCUCCUCAACAUCGCAGGAACCAUCCGGAGCGGAACCAUCGACCUGGGCCUGGCCUGCGGGGUGGAGAGCAUGUCGCUGCGGGCCAUGAACGACCCGGGGGACCUGAGCCCCGACCUGACGGAGAACCAGAAGGCCCGGGACUGCAUCGUCCCGAUGGGAAUCACGUCGGAGAACGUGGCGGAACGAUUCGGCGUCUCCAGAGAUAAACAGGACUCCUUCGCCCUCAGCUCCCAGAUGAAGGCGGCCCAGGCCCAGAACUCGGGUCGGUUCGACUCGGAAAUAGUUCCGGUCACCGUCAGGUUCUUGGACGAUGGCGGCGCCGAGCGUCAGGUGACUGUGAGCAAAGACGAGGGCGUCAGACCCGGAACCACACUGGCCGGACUCUCUAAACUCCGACCUGCCUUCAAACCUGAUGGCAGCACCACAGCAGGUAACUCCAGCCAGGUGAGCGACGGGGCGGCGGCGGUCCUGCUGGGCCGCAGGUCGGCCGUGGAGGCUCUGGGUCUGCCGGUUCUAGGGGUCUUGCGGGCCAGCGCCGUGAUGGGGGUCCCCCCAGACGUGAUGGGGAUCGGACCGGCGUUGGCCAUCCCCGCGGCGCUGCAGCAGGCAGGUCUCACUCUGGACGACAUCGACGUGUUUGAAAUCAACGAGGCCUUCGCCAGCCAGGUUGUGUUCUGCGUGGAGAAACUGGGCAUCCCGCCGGAGAAGGUGAACCCGAACGGCGGCGCCAUCGCUCUGGGCCACCCUCUGGGCUGCACCGGGGUCCGGCAGGUGGUGACGCUGCUGAACGAGCUCCAGCGCCGAGGUCGGAGGGCCUUCGGAGUCGUGUCCAUGUGCAUCGGAACCGGCAUGGGAGCUGCCGCCGUGUUCGAGUACCCUGGACCUUAGCUGCAGAACGGGACCCGUGAGAUCAAGGUUAACAUCCUGCAGGUCCACAGCUUCCAGAACCAACAUCUGGACCAUUUCAGAGAUCUUUGUCUCAGGUACCUGAACAAUCUGAAGAACCAGAACCACAGAACUUCUUAAACGACCCAGAAUCCUCCAGUUCAUCUUUAUUAUACUCAUGUGACACGUGGACCGGAGCAGAACCUGCUGGUUCUGUUCCCUCCAAACCAGGUGACCCAAAACAAACCUCUUUAUCGGACGAGAUAAAACCAGUUUGGAUCGAAAGGUUCUGGUCCGAAUUUAACACUUUACUGCAGAGUGGCUUCAGAUCAGUUCAGAACCGGGUCGGUUCUGCUCAUUACAACCAGCUCACAGAAUGAACAGAACCACCUGAAACAUUUUCUAUUCAGAGGCUGAGAAACAGGAAACAGUCAAGUUCUACUUCCUGAUUCUGUUGGAUUAGAUGAGUCAGCAGAUUUUCCUUUAAAACAUCACAAGUAAUCAUUAUUAAUUAUCAAUCAAUAAUUAAUAGUUUGAUCCUUUAGUUUGUGAUUAAAGUGCCUUCAAGCUGUAGACUGACACCAGAACCUGACGUGGUUCUGGCAGAGGUUCUGUAAUAAAACGUGAUAAUAAAACAUUCCAACGUGU